GUUGGUGGUGGCGCUGUUGUGUCACAGAGAGUUGGGACAUGGAGUGUGUCAGUGUGUGAGUAAGUGUGUGUGUGGUGGAGACAUGUUUGAGUAAGAAACCUGCACAACUUUCCAAGACGUACACCUUCGAACCCCCGGCGCUGAAGAUGGGACAGUGCGGCAUCACCUCCUCGAAGACGGUGCUUGUGUUCCUCAACCUGAUUUUCUGGGCCGCUGCUGGCGUCCUGUGCUACGUUGGAGCCUACGUCUUCAUCACGUACGACGACUACGAUCACUUCUUCGAGGAUGUGUACACUUUCAUCCCAGCCGUGGUGAUCAUUGCAGUUGGAGCCCUCCUCUUCAUUAUAGGACUCAUUGGAUGCUGCGCGACAGUGAGAGAGAGCUACUGUGGACUCACAGCGUUUGUGAUUAUUCUCCUGCUGGUUUUCGUGACGGAAGUGGCAGUGGUGGUUCUAGGAUACAUUUACAGGGCGAAGGUUGAAAGUGAAGUCAAUAGCACUAUCAAGAAAGUGUAUGACGAGUACAAUGGCACCAAUAGCAAUGCUCAGAGCCGUGCCAUCGACUAUGUGCAGAGACAGCUCCAGUGCUGUGGAAUCCAUAAUUACUCUGACUGGCAGUAUACACACUGGUAUGAAGAAUCCAAAAACAACAGCGUACCCAUCAGUUGCUGUAGAGCCAACAUUGGAAGCUGCACGGGGUCCCUAACUCAUCCGGAAGAUCUCUACCAAGAAGGCUGUGAGGCUCUGGUUGUGAAAAAGCUGAAGGAGAUCAUGAUGUAUAUCAUCUGGACCGCACUGACAUUUGCUGCCAUCCAGAUGCUAGGGAUGCUGUGCACAUGUGUGGUGCUAUGCCGCAGGAGCAGAGAUCCUGCUUACGAGCUUCUAAUCACUGGGGGCACCUACGCAUAAAGGAGAACACAUUCAAUACCAUAACACACUCUCAGAAAUGUCUUCAGAGAGAGCAUGAAAAAAUCCCCACACUAACAGCACUUAAGUUACUCACUAUACCUUGCCUGUUUUUUGAUCGACAAAAAAAAAAAGAAGCGUUUGACCAAAGUCUGUAACGGUCAAUGAGAUGCAGAAAGCCAUCUUUGUUUCUGACGAUGGCAUCAGGGCGUUAAUCAUCAUUCUUACCAAACUUUAAACUCUAAUUCAUCUACGGAGUAAGAUAUGAACAGGGUCAUUUCUUCAUAUGUUAGUUUGCACUAUGUGUAUGGCUUUGAAAUAUUUUGUAUUUAAACUUAUGUACUUGAAUGAAAGAAGAGUAUAUAAUUUCACCCUGUACCUCCACUACUACUACUACUAUUACUACUGCUUCUACUAGGCCUCUUACACUACUACUAUUACGUUCAGUUCUAGUUAUGACUUCUAGUUUCACCAGCAGUAUUCUAUCACUCCACUAGGUCAGUGGUAAAGCAUUAAAUGUCACUGGUGUGGGAUUGACUGAUCUUUCUUUCAAGAAUCAAACCUUGUAAUCACUUUUAUUUUGUGGGAUAUUUAAAGUAGUCAUAGUGGAGACUAAAUCGAUUUUGUCCUGUUUAGCUGUUUUGUUUGUCUCUGUUCCAACAAUCUACUGGAGAUAGUUUUAGAAUUUGAUUUGCUGAUUAUAUAGGACCCGAGAAUGUAAAUAAAAUGUGAGGGGAAAGUUUGAAAUGAAA